AUGGGGGAUUUUGCAACCCCCGCCGCUGCCGCGAACGGCGGCAGCCUUUGCCUCAACAAUAACCUGAGCAGCAGCCUCGGCGGGGCCGGGAUCGGCGUGAACAACGCUCCCCACGGCCCUCCUCCCGGUAACAGCGCUACUCAUAGCGGCGGCGGCGGCGGCACUAACGGGAGCAGCGGCGUUCCCAAGCACAGCACCGUGGUGGAGAGGCUGAGGCAGCGCAUCGAGGGCUGCAGGAGGCACCACGUCAACUGCGAGAACAGGUACCAGCAAGCCCAGGCCGAGCAGCUGGAGCUGGAGCGAAGGGACACGGUGAGCCUCUACCAGAGGACCCUGGAGCAAAGGGCCAAGAAAUCGGGGGCCGGAGGCGGCAGCAAGCAGCAGCAGCAGCACCCGAGCAGCAAGCAGCAACAAGAUGCCGAGUGUGCCACGGCCGAGCAGAGGAACCACACGCUGAUCAUGGUAAGGGGGCGGGCGAGAGGGGGCUGGAGGGCGGCUGCGGAGCACUUGUGGGCUGGCGCUUUCUCAUUUGGAGUUCUCCCUUCUCGCCGGAGCGGAUGUAGGAGGUUGGGGAGGAGGGUGGGGGAAGAGAGAGAAAGAGCGAGAGAAAGCGAGGGAUGCUUGGCUGAAGCCAGGGAAUGGGCGGAGAGAGGAAACUUUGGUCCUAUAACUAAUAUGGGAACCCAGGAAGCAAAAUGGACUAUUUGAAGAGGAGUUGUCGAAGCCUCUGCAUUGGUGGGGGUGGCUAAGCCGCGCGCACACGCUCCCUCGCUCUCUGUCUCUCUCUCUCUCGCUUGCCACUUGGAUCGAUCACUCAGGUAAUGAUUCUUCACCUGCCGGCGUCACACACUCUCACCCCCCCACUUCCCCCAGUCGCUCACAGGUAUCAUUGCAUCGAUCACGGCGCAAAACAAUGAAACAAAUGAAUUGUGCAUUUGGCUGUUUCACGUGCCAUUGGAAGAGCGGCGUAAAAACGUACACAAGAGAACCGACGCGCUUGGAGGGUCCCCCUUGUUGUGUAGGCAGUUGUCGAGUAGCGCCGGGAAGACCAGGGGGAAAGCACGUGCGUGUGCCUGCGCGUGUAUAUCUCUCCGGCCAGCGUGGGUGCGUGUCUGCAAGGAUGCUCGCUGCCUCUUUAAAUCCAGCGGAGGGGGAGCUUUGUGGGCUGGCUUUGCGGAGCGGGAGUGA